AUGCAUCACAACUCGACACUUGCACGCCUUCAACGGAGUGCACUACUGCUGCCCUUCUUCUCCUUCCAUCGCUCCUCAUUUCAUCUCCACCUCACUCUCAUCUCUUCCUCCCACCCCACCUCCUCCUCUCCUCCACCCUCUUCCUCUCCCUCUCCCUCUACCACUGCCUCGCCGCACAUCGUCCACUUUGCUGGUGCCACCUCCUCCUAUCGGAGACGCACAUUUGGACGCGUUGCCACAACAAGGGAGGAGUGA